GUGCAGAAGCACAGCCCAUGACAACAUUCAUGUCCUUUUUAUUGCGCAACAGAUUCGUUUAAAAUUCGGAAUUAUGCGAUUCUCGCAGGCGGUGACGCGGUGUUGUUUAACUCACACCCUCCCACCGCCUGCAAGUUUUACUCAAUAUUCCUCCCUUUGUAAUCGCACUCACACCGAAAGAUUCCUGCGCUCACGCCACUGUGUCAUCAAGUCACCCCAAAAUUUCGCAUCAAAAGCCAACCCAUAAAUAUCAGUUUCGACUUGGUGAUCACUGAUCAAUAUCAAACCAGAAAGCAUUAAACUCAAUUGACUCCGUUGGGCGAGAGAUACGAUGUCCUAUGCAGUGCCGGUGCCUGCGGCUGGGCCGAGCUCUCAGCCGCUGGCAAACCCCGUGACGGUGGUUAGCCCGCAGUUCCAAGCAACCUACCCUGUGGAUCUGGUCAUCACUGAGAAGAUGAUGUCGAUCAAGGAAGGUGCUUUUACAGUGUCAGACGUUAAUGGAAAUGUCAUGUUCCAGAUUAAAGGCUCCUUGUUCAGCUUUCAUGAUCGUCGAACUUUGGUCGACAGCGCCGGCACUCCUAUAGUCUCCUUCCGACAAAAGAUAUUGACGGCACAUAGGAGAUGGCACGUAUUUAGAGGAGAGAGCUCAGACGCCAAAGAUCUACUCUUUAGUGUCAAAAAGUCAUCCCUUUUCCAACUGAAGGCAGAAUUAGAUGUGUUCUUGGCUGUUAAUACUAAAGAACAAGCGUACGAUUUCAAGGUCAAAGGAAGCUGGGGGGAAAGAUCAUGCACCAUAUAUGAUGGAAACAACAAUAUCAUUGCACAAAUGCACAAGAAACAUGAUCUUAAAAGUAUAUUCUUUGGGAGAGAUGCUUUUGCGGUGACUGUGUAUCCUCAUGUUGAUUACGCCUUUAUAGUUGCCAUUGUGGUUGUUCUUCAUGAGAUUAACAUGGACAGAAGUGGGCAGGACUGAAGCUGACGCUGCUGCUUUGUUAUGUUCUUUAUUAGAAUAUGAAAUAAAAUAAUUUCCCUUAUUGUCACUUUAAUCUGUUAAUGCACUCAUGUCUCGAUCCUAACUUUCACGUCAGUAUGUAAUAGUCCAUCUUGGCUAAAUUAUGUACUCU